AUGUCGGAGAAUGAACAACGGUUAGUGACGACACUGACCAGGCCCAGUUGUGUCAGCCCGUCUGACACGGAUGCAUCGGCAACAUCUGCCUCUGGCCAAGGCCCUCAAACUGCCAAGCCCGGGAGGCGACGGCGCGUCGCUGAAUCGAUAAACAAACCCCCCAAGAACCAACACUUCUACUUUGUUGAUCAGAACUCGUCAUCCAAAGAAAAACGCGCUCAUGUUAUGCGCCACCAUGUACAGGAAAAAAGGAAACAGCGCAAAAUGUCACAUGUGAUACCCCCCGCAGAGCACAUUCCAGAUUAUAGCUCGUAUCCGGCAAAGAAAGAGGCAGGAGCUGUCGAACAGAGUCGACUGGAAUCGGCCCCGAUAGCUGCGCCAAACUUCCCCAGCAGGGAAACUUCGGUAUGGAAAUCACUUUCCUCUAGUCAAAUAUUCACGCCACAGCCAAGGCUGGACUAUCUAGGUCUUCAAUUCAGUUUCUCAAAUACGAAAGCACAACCUCAUACCCCCGUGCUAACACAAAUUGGCUCGCCAAUCACGAUACUCGAUGCUUCGCGAAGGGAUCCGUUCGCCAGUCUCCCAAUGGAAUACGACAACAUGGAUAUUGAAUUGGCUGACUAUUGGAGGAACAAGUUGACAUACUGGUCCGGACAGAACCUCCACGUGAAAAACCAGAUUUUCCGUACGGCUAUGGGACACCCUCUUUCAUUCAAGGCAGUAGUCCUGUCAUACUGCGCGCGGUGGAAGGCACAACUGUACGACAUGUCCGACAGCAUCGAAAUUCAGCGCCAUGUUGUGCAAGCUGCGAAACUCAUCGAUGACGCUACGUCAGGCUCGGCGCUAGUAAAAGCGGAUGAUCUUGCAAUGGCCUUGAGUGGAAUGGCCUUGCACGAAGGGCGCUUCGGAAGCAAGAAAAUGGCCCAGAUAUAUGUCGACCGCGCGGUCCAGGUCAUGCGACCGCGAACAGGAACCAACAGGCCGGUGGAAGUAUUUUUCCACUACAUCCGAUACCUGAUGAUGCCCGAAGGCCCCCAGAUCAGUUUGACGGAGCAGCAAUGGCUGCUCACUUUUCUGCGCGGAGCCGAGGACCUCAUGCGGCAACACAGUUCCCCCGCAUAUCUGCUCCAAGCACCUCAUAGACACAAGGCUUUCCAGAUGGAAAGUCCUCUAUUUUCCCUGCUCUCCAGUGGACCGCGGCCCUCCCAAGUGCCGCAUGAGUCACGUGUAUAUGUGGUUCGCGGUGCGCAUACCCAAGAGGUCACCCGAACGGCGGCGCUCAUUUAUAUUACGGCCGCACUGUGGGAUUUCCAGGAGUCUCCAAGUAAGACCGACCGGUUCCUUCACCUUUUAUGUACCACGGUGAAACAGCACCAUCUCGAUCGGGAUCCAGCCUGCGAAACCCUUCUGUGGUUGCUGCUGGAGGAACCAUUCGAUUCCGAUUUACAAGACCCCGAACGUGGAUGGUCCACUGGCGAGCUGGUCCAGGCGCACAAACGGCUACGGCCUGACCUGCAAUUCCAGUUUAAUGAGAUUCUCAUGAGUUUCUUAUCUUUCCAGGUACCUAUCCGCGGGGUCACUGUAUUUGAAGAAGAGCUUCGACAUAGUUCACAUAGUUCUCAAUGA